GUCUGCUUAAACUGAGAACAUGCUCAACGUUUCAGUUUAAGGGAGGGAAUGUUGAAGAAUAAGUAAUGUUGAAUAAGUCCAAUGCUGAAUAAGUCUAGUAUUGACUCAGUAUUUUUAGUACUCCGUAUUAAUCAAGUUUGUUGUCCUAUUCUUUAGGAAGUAGCUGUACACUUCUAUGGCUUUCCUUCUUUUUAGCAGAUAUAGUUUCUUUCAUGUAUAAUUUUUAAAGGCAACAAAACUCCUGCUUGGAGGUGGCCAAAAGGUUUGACAGAGAAAAGGACAGGCUGCUAGAAUUUCUUUGAUCAUUCUUGUGUUAGUGUAAAACUUCUAUAAUUGUUGGUGAUAAUUAUGGAAUUUUGAAAUAUAUCCUUGUAAAAUCUUUGUAUCUCUUGGAGUAUUGGCAUUCAUUUCGCCUACUUUUUUUAUAUAAAAUUUUCUGUGUUUUGCGCGAUGAGUAAGGCCUCAAUCUCAUCAUCUUUAGCUUCACCAUUUUACCAUUUGGUGGCAAACAUGAUGAUGACGACGAUGACAACGAGGAUGGCAACGACAAUGGCAACCUGGGUUUGCUUCCUCUUCAUCAGCAUGGACAUCGCGGCUGGGAUACUCGGCAUCCUAGCACAGAGGGCCCAAAACAAGAUGCCGUACGAGAAAGUGUUGAUAGUGGAGUGCUGGGAACCAAGCUACAAGGCGUACGGGCUCGGGUUCGCAGCCUGCGUCCUUCUGGGAGCAGCUCAUGUGUUUGCUAACAUGUUGUGUGGCUGUUUUUGCUUCGGUUCCAAAGCUGAGCUCGGGCGCGCCUCUCCUACUAGGCAACUAGCCACGGCUUCCCAAGUCUUCUCUUGGAUCACAGGCUGCAUUGCCUUUAUAUUGCUGGUCAUAGGGACAGUGUCGAACGCGAAAACAACAAAGACGUGCGGGCUGUCGCGCAGACACGUGCUCGUUGUCGGAGGGAUUAUGUCUUUCGUUCACGGGCUCUUCCUCGUUGCUUACUAUGUUGCUGCCUCUGCUGUUGCGGAUGAAGAUAGAAGAAUGAUCAGACAACAAAUGGGUGUUGGUCCAUACAGACCACCAGUAAUGCCUGCUGCCCCUCUCCCACUCUCUGUUUGAUUUAAAACCAUAUAUUCUUCACAUGUUGUUCCAAUGGUAAAUUCUAAUUUAUUUGGUUUAUUCUUUUAUUGGUUUAAUUUUGCCUUCUCUUUCUGUUUAUGAUAUGAGAAUCAAAUACGGCUUUGUAA